ACUCAAGAACGCUCCUAUUCGCUAACUAGCCAGCAGACUAUAAAGAUGCCAGGUCUUCCUGGAUAAUUCAGAUCUUUCCCUAGGAUCAUACCGUCCGCGAAAAUGAGUCGCUCCAAAGAAACCUAUGGCGCCGACGAUGCCACCCUCGCGGAUUCGUGCAGUGCUUAUCAGACCACAAUGACUGAGAGCAAGUCUCUUGGUUCAGUCCCUUCGAACAGAGACAGCUGCCGCCGCCUUUAUCAUAUAUAUCACACACUCUUCCGCCAUGAUUACAACGUCCACAAUGCCGACAAGGAACAACUAUACCACGUCCGCAAUUCCACGUGGACACCAAAGAAACCCGAUCUCAGCGUUCAUGCCGGCACUAGUGCCGAAGCACCGGUACUGGCAGUCUGCAAAUUCCUGCAUUUCUCAAGGCAUCUCAAAGUCGGUCUGGGAAAUCCUGAAACACCAAACUCAGUCGACUGGGAAGAUCUUGUGUCUCUCAGCCACCUUCAUGCAAGAUAUCGGUUUCAAAUGUCUCUCCACUCCGAGGAUGGGGUAGAACGGCGAGCAUUCAUUUGGAAGAGCACGCAAUCGGUAGGAGUCGGGGAAACAAAGCCUUCGAUGUUUUCCUGGAGCAACUACAAGCUUGUUGAUGAGGCGACUGAUCGGCUCGUUGCCGUGUUUACGAGCAGCCUUUGGGGCUGUAAGAAGUCUGGGAAGCUUGAGAUCUAUGCAAAUUAUGGGCAGGAAUUCGAGCUGAUGGUCAUCAUCACUGCUCUUGCUCUGUAUGAGAAACAACGGCGCCGAGACAGUAGAUCCUCAGGAGGAGGAGGAGGAGGCGGCGGUGGUGGUGGCUGAGAAAGGGCUCAGCUAUUCUGAGAUUCAUGAAUGGGAAAGGUGAUUCUGUUUCUCUUCACAUACUCGUCGCUUCUGUGUCUUUCUUCCCUACUUGUCGCGUUGAGCACAGAUACCAUAUACGCUGCAUUCUUGAUGGAUUUCAUUUUGAUACAGAUUUAGCAGCGAAUAUCGAAUAAUGGAAAUUGUUUCUUAGAGUCCAGAAA